GUUGUUCGUGGGGUGGGUUAAGGAGCGCUUGGCUCCCAGCGGCGAUCUGUGUGUGGUUUCGGGCCCUAGAAACAUUCUGGAUUUGCUUGCAUUCCUCCUUCUGAAGACCCGAGGUCGGCCACCAGGUUUGGGAGAUUUGAAACGCGGGGCUGAUUUUCCUCCCUGUUUUCCAGUUCUGCCCGCGGGAACCUUCUGGGAAGCGUGGAAGGAUGGGAAGGGCGUGCGCCUGCUGACCGGCCCCGUGCUGCCUCUGCGUGGCCGCGGUGUCCCGCCUUGGCUGCUGUAUGGAAUCGUACGCUUGUCACUUCAGGCCGAAGCUUUGUUUGUUAAUAGAAGUGAAACGGAUGCGUUAAGAGGGGACAAAGAUUUUAAAAGUUCUUUCCCCUACCCAACUUCCCCAAAGGCCCCAAAGACUUUGCAGAUUUAUCUAGUUUGCCGACACGAGCUCUUGAAUGUUCAGCGGACAAGGGCUUAAAUAUAAGAGAGUGGGAACUACUAACAUUUUAAGGGAUUUGUGUGUAUUUCCAAAACUGACUUUUGACCGCCAUCCAACACGUGCAGCGUGAGAUUCCUGAGCGUCUCGCCAUCCUGCGGCUCUAACAUGUUCUGUUGGUUAAGUCGGCUGUUCAGGGGUUUAUCCAGACCCACUAGAAGGACCACACAGCUGAUCUGGGGUUCUUUCUCCCGAAGUCUGGUACUGAGUUCACAGAGGAGAAUUCCAGAACUCAGUAGCUUUGUUGCCCGGACCAACACGUGUGGAGAGUUGCGUUCUUCUUACUUAGGCCAAGAAGUCACCUUGUGUGGAUGGAUUCAGUACCGAAGGCAAAACAUCUUCCUGGUCCUAAGAGAUUUCCAUGGGCUUGUUCAAGUUAUCAUUCCUCAGGAUGAGUCGGCUGCUUCUGUGAAGAAGAUUUUAUGUGAAGCGCCCAUGGAAUCUGUGGUGCAAGUGUCCGGGACAGUAAUUUCCCGACCUCCAGGACAAGAGAAUCCAAAAAUGCCAACAGGUGAGAUUGAAAUCAAAGUUAAAACAGCUAAACUUCUGAAUUCCUGCAAGAAGCUGCCCUUUGAAAUUAAGGACUUUGUGAAGAAAACAGAAGCUCUUCGUUUGCGGUAUCGCUACUUAGAUUUGCGUGGUGUCCAAAUGCAGUAUAACCUGCGACUGAGGUCCCAGAUGGUCAUGAAAAUGCGGGAAUAUCUCUGUAAUCUACAUGGGUUUGUGGAUAUAGAAACACCAACAUUAUUUAAAAGGACUCCAGGGGGUGCAAAAGAGUUUGUAAUACCAUCCAGGGAACCUGGAAAGUUUUAUUCUCUCCCUCAGAGUCCUCAGCAGUUUAAGCAGCUUCUGAUGGUUGGUGGUUUAGACAGAUAUUUUCAAGUUGCCCGAUGUUAUCGAGAUGAAGGAUCAAGACCAGACAGACAGCCCGAAUUUACUCAGAUUGACAUAGAGAUGUCCUUUGUAGAACAGACUGGCAUCCAGAGUCUAAUUGAGGGUUUGCUCCAGUAUUCAUGGCCCAGUGACAAAGAUCCUGUGGUGGUUCCUUUUCCUUCUAUGACUUUUGCUGAGGCGUUGGCCAGCUAUGGAACUGAUAAACCUGACACUCGCUUUGGGAUGAAGAUUGUAGAUAUCAGUGAUAUGUUCAGAAACACAAAGGUUGGAUUUCUUCAGGAUGCGCUUAGUAAACCCCAAGGAACCAUCAAAGCCAUAUGUAUCCCUGAAGGAGAAAAAUACUUAAAAAGGAAAGACAUUGAGUCCAUUAGAAAAUUUGCAGCUGACCAUUUUAAUCAGGAAGUCUUACCUAUAUUCUUGAAAACCAGUAACAACUGGAAUUCUCCAGUUGCUAAGUUCAUAAUGGAGGAGCAAGGCUUGGGACUAAUCAGACUGUUGGAGACCCAAGAGGAGGAUGUGGUCCUACUAACUGCCGGAGAGCAUAAGAAAGCAUGCUCUUUGUUGGGAAAAUUACGACUGGAGUGUGCUGACCUUCUAGAAGCAAGAGGAGUGGUGCUUCGUGACCCAGCUCUGUUCUCUUUCCUUUGGGUUGUGGAUUUCCCCCUCUUCUUUCCCAAGGAGGAAAAUCCCGAAGAGCUGGAGGCAGCCCAUCACCCAUUUACUGCUCCCCACCCCAGUGACAUCCACCUCCUUUACACUGAGCCCCAAAAGGUCCGUAGCCAACACUAUGACUUGGUUUUAAAUGGCAGUGAGAUAGGAGGUGGUUCUAUCCGAAUUCAUGAUGCAGAGCUACAGCAUUACAUCCUGGCAACAGUACUAAAGGAAGACGUGAAAUUGCUCUCCCAUCUGCUCCAGGCUUUAGAUUAUGGGGCGCCCCCUCAUGGAGGAAUUGCCAUAGGGUUAGACAGACUGACGUGCCUUGUCACUGGAGCGCCAAGCAUCAGAGAUGUCAUAGCCUUCCCCAAGUCUUUCCAGGGCCACGACCUUAUGAGCAAUGCCCCAGAUUCUAUCCCGCCUGAGGAACUGAAGCCCUAUCAUAUCCAGGUCUCCUGGCCAACAGACUCAGAAACAGAAAAGAGCUCAUUGAAUCAUCCAUGCCAUCCAGAAAGUUGAGCUUUUGAGUUUUUGUCCUCUUUGCUUCCCCAAGGCUAAAAUCAGAUCUGGAGUUCAGCCACAGAUCUGACUUCAGGUUUUUAAAUGGAAGGAAUCCAGGCAACAUUCUUCACCUCAAUGAAGAAACAGAUAAAAGGUAUCCAAGUUUAACGAGAGCAUGCAUUAUUAGGAUUAUUUUAUUUGGGACUUUUUUGAAGUUUCUUUUUACUUGGAGAGGUGUGAAACAUGGCUCUUUGACAGAGUAACAUAAUGGCAUAGUGUUUUCUAAUCAAGUUUUUCAUACCCAGAUAGUAGAUUGUUCUCUUAGGACAGAGGUAAUCAAACCAUAUGUGAAGUGUGGGAAGAUUCUUGCCCCUUUAGACUGGUCCGUUGAUGGAGGGCUCAGUUCAACCAGCCUCAUCAAGAGAAUCCUAUAAAGUAAGCUGGAUAAUGACAUUUCAGCUAUCAACAUAAUAUAGUGAGAAGCAACAUGAUAUAAAGUAAAAAAAUCACUGAAAUAAAAGUCACAAAAUCUUAAUCAGUGCUUUACCUUGCAAGUUGUAUAAACCUCUCUUAGCGUCCCUUCCUGCAUGUGUGAAAUGUAAACAGUACUUGCCCUGGCUCCCUCACUGGCCUCUUCAUGCCAGAAUCCUAGGAGAUAAUAUAUGUGGAAGAUAGUGUGAGUGAGAAUGCUUUGAAAAACUUUAAAGCAUUACUUAAAUGGAAGAUAAUGAUAUUAUCCAUCUGUAAACAGUAUACAGAUAUAGCUAUGUAUUUUAUAGUUUAAGGUUAAACAAAACUGACAUCUGUGGUAAAAGGAAAACAGUAAUUUCAUUAAUCAGUAUUCUGCUUAUAUUUCUAUUUUUUAAAAUAAUCAUUAAUCCCUGAAUAACACUUUCCCUCAAUUAUAAGUAAUUGAAAAUAUUAAUUGACCUUAAACCAACCUCAAAUGUAGAAAAGUGAACACUGAAACUCAUUGUGAUUUUCUUAUACGUUCUGUUGACACAAAUAAAGGCUUAUAAUUAAUUAGUAAUUAUAAAAUGGGAAUAAGGCCUUGAUUAAUGACAUUGUUCUUUUCUACUUUAUCUUCACUUUUGCCUUGACAUUCUUUUGAUUUACAAUUUAUAAACACCAAAUAUCAGUCUUAUAUUCCAGCCUAUUUUUCUCAGUGCUGUAAGCAGUUUGAUACUAUAAUCUUUCUGUUUGAAAAUAAAAUCAGCUUUGCUUCCAGG